CAGAAAUAGAUUCCGCCAUGUUGACGAGCCGGUGUAUUCGUUCGAUUUCCAAGCUUUCUUCUUCAGCACGCCUAGUGCGCCAUGCCUCAAGACUUCAGCAAGGAGGCUGUAAAGAAGGGCUUAACGUUCAGAUUGGAUUGUUAGGAAGACCGUCCACGGUUGGUCAGUGCUUAGCCACAGAAAGCAAGUUUGGCAGACGCUUUGCAAGAAGUCUGUAUGUGACAACAGUAGCAUCUGAUUUUGCCAGGAUACCAGAGAUGAUGGCUAAUAGUCUUAUUGAAGGUGCUGGAGGUGAUGCUGACGUAGCUGAUGAUGAUGACGAAAUGACAAGUCCGAUAAAGAAGGGGAAACACAGAAGGAUUAGUCCUGGUUAUUAACACAAGAUAAAAUGACAAUGAAACUUGAUGGGAAGCUUUGUCAAGCACGGUUUUAAAGUUCAGUUUCAUAAGAAAGACCCUGCACAAUUCCUUUGAUUAUCCUGAGGGCCACAGCUUUCUUUUUCUUUUAUUUUAUCAAAUGCUGUUUUUAGCCUUUGACAGAAGUAUGAGAAAGGAGUUUCUACAUUUUCAUUGCAUAUUUAUACAGUUUAAGUCUGGUGAUUUGAAACAAAACAUAUGUUGCUAAUUUACAUGUAAUAACAUGUAAUUUUACUAGUUUAAUGGAAGUAACAUGGAACCAGGACUGGAAUUGAAUAACAUCAAGAGAUCAAACUUCACAAGCUUCAGAUGUUCUUUCCUGAACAGGGAAAUUUUUUUAUGGUUUACUGUCACUUUGAGCUUUUACAUAACAUUCAUAGCUUUAUUUUUGCUUUUUCUCUAACACAUCGUGUCAUUUCAGCUGUUGAUGACAGCUGUAAUAUUGAAUUGCCUGUCAGGAAGACAAAGUGUAACCUUGCAUGGAGCCUUGUGCUGGUAAAUUUCUGUUGCAUACUGUACUGUACUGGUUAUCCCGUAAUGUUCAAACUUUUUAUGUAAAUGCCUUAAAUCCUUUUAAAUCUUUAAAUCUUGAUGAUUGGUGAGUCAGUAUUUAAGUAAUUGGCUUAGGUGCUUUUCAUUUCAGGCAAAAUGAACUUCUUGUAUCUUCCAAAUUGUGCAAUAAAAGAAGUCAUAUGUUUUUAAUUUUUAUA